AUGUCUGUCACUAUCACGGUCCCGAGCGAGUAUGGCUACGUUAUCACAACAACUGUUGCAACCUUCUUCCUAGGACUAUGGCACGGAAUGAACGCAAGACCGCUCCGAUUGAAAGGCGGCGUGAAGCAGCCGAAAGCCUACGCAGACAGCAACGACUUCGCAGCAGCCGAUGCCGAGACCAAGAAGACCUUAUACCUCUUCAACUGCGCCCAACGAGCCCAUGGAAACUACAUCGAGAACCAGCCUUCCACCGCGAUUGCGCUCCUGAUCGCAGGACUACGAUACCCCAGAUUGAGCGCCUUGCUGGGGGUUGGUUGGAUGAUUGGGCGGGUGAUAUUCACUCUUGGAUACUGUCGAAGGGAUAAAGAGAAUGGAUCUGGCAGAAUAUUGGGGUUUGCGAUUCAGUUUCCAAUGCAAAUCACACUAUGGGGGUUGGCAGCUUGGACUGGUAUCUCAAUACUGCCGUGA